AUGCGGGAGCAGCCGAUGGAACCGAGCACGACUACACUGCUAUCACUGCAAAGAGUUAGGCCAUGUAGCAAAGGAUUGCUCGGGAAAGGAGUCCGGGGACAAGGUGCUGUUGCAACCCUUGCCCCCUCUCGAUCAGUAAAUGUGGCAUUGCCUGUUGUCAACGUGUGCGUUGAGGGUAAACGAUGUUCGGCGCUUAUUGACACUGGAUGUUCCCGAUCGAUCGUUAGUGUGGAUCGAUGCGUGACAUGGAGCAAUCAACAAAUCGAGAUUCGGACGAUUGAUGGAGUGUCCCAGGCCUGUUGUGGUGUCGGGACUGUAUCAAUCCUCACAGACGGAGGGAAUCAUGCCAAGGUUGACGUUUUGGUGGCACGUCAAAGGCCUCUCGGUUACGACCUGCUGCUUAGCAUUGAUGCGAUCCGAGCGUUAGGAGGCAUGAUAAUCACGCCAGCCGGAAAUGGAAAGGUAAAUUGUCCACACCAGAACGGUCAGAGAGGAAUCCUUACUACACCCCCCUUCUCUUUAUUUUACUUUCUUUCUCUUUUGUCUCUUUCUCUCUCAAUUCUUCAUUUUUUUCCUAUUUCAUUAUCAAGACUCAAUUCGUUUUUACUUUCCUUCCCUCUUUACCAUUAUUAUAUUUUCCAUCCCUCCUCCUCUUUCGCGCACUUGCCAUCACUCUCACACUCUUUCUCACAUAAUUACUUUUUCUUUCUCUCGCCCACCACUUGUCAAAUGACAUUUGUCUCCCCGCCUCACUCUUUCCUUCUUUCUCUCACUUACUUAACCCUUCCUCUAUGUAUCCCUGAGCUUCUUUUGUAG